AAAUGUAAAACGCAAAAAAAGGGGGCUGGGCCGUUAUUAACUCCGCACGUUGAUUGUCGGUGCAAAACCCCGCAGAUCAUACAACGUUUUUCCAUUUUUAUGAAUCAAUCAAAGAAUAUGUUUUGCCAAUCCGCGGUUAAGGUUUCUUUUGUCUGUCUGAACAUCGCCUAUUGGUCUACGCGUUUAGGCAACACUCAGAGCCACAGGUUUAAAUAUUUCAACAUCAUCAAGAUUUAUACAUUUAUUUACACCAACACCCAAAUUCCUAAUUCCUGCAAAAUCACUCCCAACUUUCACCCUUUUAUCAAAUUGGCAACACAUUGAGUGAUUGCAGGUUUUACUGUAUUGGAAGUUUGCAUUUGAUUAGCUAUGGCGAAGCACACAGAAUAUUAUGACAUAUUGGGGGUUGAUGUGACCGCGACUCCUGCUGAAAUUAAGAAAGCUUACUAUUUCAAGGCAAGGACUACACAUCCAGACAAGAACCCUGGGGACCCACAAGCUGCUCGUAAUUUCCAGGUCCUUGGGGAGGCUUAUCAGGUGCUGAGUGAUCCUGAGAAACAUGAAUUUUAUGACAAAUAUGGUAAAGGAGAUAUGUCGAAGGAUUUGAUGCACCCUGCAGCUGUAUUUGGGAUGCUGUUUGGGAGUGAUGUAUUUAUUGAUUAUGUCGGGGAACUUAGAUUGGCUUCCAUACAAACUGUUGAAGAUGAAGAGGACGAAGUUGUUCCUGAGAUUCGUAGGCAGAACAUUCAGGAGAAAUUGAAGAAAUUGCAAAAGGAAAGGGUAGAGACGCUCACGACAAUUUUAAAAGAACGUCUUCAGCCCUUUGUAGAAGGCCGAAAAGAUGAGUUUUUACAAUGGGCACAGUCAGAGGCGGAACAUCUUGCUCAAGCUGCUUUUGGUGAGGCUAUGCUGCAUACUAUUGGUUACAUCUACACAAGGCAAGCAGCGAAAGAACUUGGGAAAACUAAAAGAUUCAUGAAGGUGCCAUUUUUGGCAGAAUGGGUAAGGGACAAAGGACACCUAAUAAAAUCGCAAGCAAUGGCUGCUUCAGGGGCUGUGUCUUUACUUCAAAUACAAGAAGAACAGAAGAAGUACCAUGAGGAGAACAAAGUAGAGGACGCAAUCAAAACAAUGGAAGAUAAGAAAGAUAUCAUGAUUAAAUCACUUUGGCAAAUUAACGUCGUGGAUAUUGAGUUAACUUUAUCGCGUGUUUGCCAAGCGGUCCUUAAAGAGCCCAAUGUUCCGAAGGAUACUCUCAGGCUACGUGCUACGGCCAUGAAAAAGCUGGGGACAAUUUUUCAGGGUGCGAAGCCAAUGUACAAAAGAGAGAGCAGUUUGCGGAGUGAAAACACAGACAUGGUAGAUAGUGGUCCGUCCUCUAAAUGAAGCUAAUAUCUUUUUCACUUUAUUUUUGGUGUCGAGACUUAUAACAGCUGUAUUAUCUGUGCUCGGGACUUGUUCGGUGUUGUGCGCUUCUGUUAUUACAUUCUGGCAUCUCCCUGUUCUACAGAAGCAGUUCGAUCCUUCUAUGGCCAAAAUCUCAAUUUCUUGAAAGUCUUUGAUUUCUUGUGAAAACGUCGAUUUUAUAUGUUAUAUAUGAUAAUCUUUUUAUU